AUGCGGCGGCUGCGGCGCCUGGCGCCCCUGGCGCUCCUCCGCCCCUUCCCCAAGGGCCUGCAGGGUCGGCUCCCAGGCCUCAGGGUCAAGUGCGUCCUCCUGGUGUGGCUGGGCGUCUGUGCAGGCAGCUGGAUGGCCUACCUGCGUUACUCGUCCCACUCAGAGCUCUGCCGCGGCCAUGUCUGCCAGGUGGUCAUCUGUGACCAGUACCGCAAGGGCAUCAUUUCGGGCUCCAUCUGCCAGGACCUGUGCGAGCGGCACAGGGUGGAGUGGGGAGCCUGCCUCUCGACGGCCCCGGGUCAGCAGGUGUACAGCGGGCUCUGGCAGGACAAGGCGGUGACUAUUAAGUGUGGCAUCGAGGGGGCCCUGAACUCCAAGGCCCGGUCAGAUUUGGGCCCCCGACGGGAGCUGGUGCUGUUUGACAAGCCCACCAGGGGCACCUCGAUUAAGGAGUUCCGGGAGAUGACCUUCAGCUUCCUCAAGGCAAACCUGGGAGACCUGCCUUCCCUGCCGGCUCUGGUUGGCCAGGUCCUGUAUAUGGCUGACUUCAACAAAGAUGGCAGGGUGUCCCUGGCGGAGGCCAAGUCCGUGUGGGCCCUGCUGCAGCGCAAUGAGUUCCUGCUGCUGCUGUCCCUGCGGGAGAAGGAGCAUGCUUCCAGGCUCCUGGGCUACUGCGGGGACCUCUACCUCACCGAAGGCGCCCCCCAUAGCUCCUGGCCAGGGGCCGUGCUGCCACCCCUCCUGCGCCCGCUGCUGCCCCCCGCCUUCCACAGGGCCCUCCAGCAGUGGUUUGGGCCCGCGUGGCCCUGGCGGGCCAAGAUCGCCAUUGGCUUGCUGGAGUUCGUGGAGGAACUCUUUCACGGCUCUUAUGGGACCUUCUACAUGUGUGAGACCACACUGGCCAACGUGGGCUACACGGCCACCUAUGACUUCAAGAUGGCGGACCUGCAGCAGGUGGCGCCUGAGGCUGCCGUGCGCCGCUUCCUGCAGGGCCGCCACUGCGAGAACAGUGCUGACUGCACCUAUGGGCACGACUGCAGGGCCCCGUGCGACAGGCUCAUACGGCAGUGCAAGGGUGACCUCAUCCGCCCCAACCUGGCCAAGGUGUGCGAGCUGCUGCGGGACUACCUGCUGCCUGGCGCCCCUGGCGCUCUCCGCGAGGAGCUGGGCCAGCAGCUGCGCACCUGCAGCACGCUGAGCGGGCUGGCCAGCCAGGUGGAGGCGCACCACUCACUGGUGCUCAGCCACCUCAAGACCCUGCUCUGGAAAGAGAUCUCCAACACCAAGUACUCCUGAUGGCCCCCCCAGCCCUCCCUCCGCUCCCUCCUGGACACCAGGAACUGGGGUGGGGGCCGAGGUUCCAGCAGCCCAGGGCAGCAGCUGUCACCCUCCUGUCCCUC